GCAGCGGUCCCGAGCGCCAGAGACGCUGCAGCAUCCUUGGUGGUAGGUUCUCAUCAUCUUCUCCCUGGGCAGGCGCUAUGGCGAAGCCGCUCACGGACAGCGAGAGGCGGAAACAGAUAAGUGUGCGCGGCCUCGCGGGGCUAGGCGACGUGGCCGAGGUGCGGAAGAGCUUCAACCGGCACCUGCACUUCACGCUGGUCAAGGACCGCAACGUGGCCACGCCCCGCGACUACUUCUUUGCCCUGGCGCACACGGUGCGAGACCACCUCGUGGGCCGUUGGAUCCGCACGCAGCAGCACUACUACGAGCGCGACCCCAAGCGUAUUUAUUACCUUUCCUUGGAAUUCUACAUGGGCCGCACACUGCAGAACACCAUGGUGAACCUGGGCCUUCAGACAGCCUGUGAUGAAGCUAUUUAUCAGUUGGGGUUAGACUUGGAAGAACUAGAGGAAAUAGAAGAGGAUGCUGGCCUUGGGAAUGGUGGCCUGGGGCGACUGGCAGCCUGCUUUCUUGAUUCAAUGGCCACCCUGGGCCUGGCUGCAUAUGGCUAUGGAAUCCGCUAUGAAUUUGGGAUUUUCAAUCAGAAGAUUGUCAAUGGUUGGCAGGUUGAAGAGGCUGAUGACUGGUUGCGCUAUGGCAACCCAUGGGAGAAAGCACGACCCGAGUACAUGCUGCCUGUGCACUUCUAUGGGAGAGUGGAACACACCCCUAAUGGUGUCCUGUGGCUGGACACACAGGUGGUGCUGGCCAUGCCCUACGACACCCCAGUGCCCGGCUAUAAGAACAACACCGUCAACACCAUGAGGCUGUGGUCUGCCAAGGCACCCAAUGACUUCAAGCUGAAGGAUUUCAACGUGGGGGAUUACAUCGAAGCUGUCCUGGACAGGAACUUGGCUGAAAACAUCUCCAGGGUGCUGUAUCCCAAUGACAACUUCUUCGAGGGGAAGGAGCUGCGGCUGAAGCAGGAGUACUUUGUAGUGGCUGCCACCCUCCAGGACAUCAUUCGCCGCUUCAAGUCCUCCAAGUUUGGCUGCCGGGACCCAGUGAGAACCUGUUUCGAGACGUUCCCAGACAAGGUGGCCAUCCAGCUGAAUGACACUCAUCCAGCACUAUCCAUUCCUGAGCUAAUGCGGAUCCUGGUGGAUGUAGAGAAGGUGGACUGGGACAAGGCCUGGGAGAUCACCAAGAAGACCUGUGCGUACACCAACCAUACCGUGCUGCCUGAGGCCUUGGAGCGCUGGCCAGUGUCCAUGUUUGAGAAGCUAUUGCCACGUCACUUGGAUAUCAUCUAUGCCAUCAACCAGAGGCACCUGGAUCACGUGGCUGCUCUGUUUCCUGGGGAUGUGGACCGCUUGAGGAGGAUGUCUGUGAUCGAGGAAGGGGACUGCAAGAGAAUCAACAUGGCACACCUGUGUGUGAUUGGGUCCCAUGCUGUGAAUGGUGUAGCAAGGAUCCACUCAGACAUUGUGAAGCAGUCUGUCUUUAAGGAUUUUUAUGAACUGGAGCCAGAGAAGUUCCAGAAUAAGACAAAUGGCAUCACACCCCGGCGGUGGCUAUUGCUGUGCAACCCAGGGCUGGCGGACAUCAUUGUGGAGAGAAUUGGGGAAAGUUUCCUAACUGACCUGAGCCAACUGAAGAAGCUGCUGCCACUGGUUGAUGAUGAGGCCUUCAUCAGGGAUGUAGCCAAGGUCAAGCAGGAAAACAAGCUGAAGUUCUCUGCCCUGCUGGAGAAGGAAUACAAGGUGAAGAUCAACCCUGCGUCCAUGUUUGACGUGCAUGUGAAGAGGAUCCAUGAGUACAAGCGGCAGCUGCUCAACUGCCUUCAUAUUAUCACCCUGUACAACCGAAUAAAGAAGGAUCCGGCCAAGACCUUUGUGCCCAGGACUGUUAUGAUUGGGGGCAAGGCAGCUCCUGGUUACCACAUGGCCAAGAUGAUCAUCAAGCUGGUCACAUCCAUCGGAGAUGUUGUUAAUCAUGAUCCAGUUGUGGGUGACAGACUCAAAGUGGUCUUCCUGGAGAACUACCGCGUAUCCUUAGCUGAAAAAGUGAUCCCAGCUGCUGACCUGUCACAGCAGAUCUCCACUGCGGGCACUGAAGCCUCAGGCACUGGCAACAUGAAGUUCAUGCUCAAUGGGGCACUCACCAUCGGCACCAUGGAUGGCGCCAAUGUGGAGAUGGCGGAGGAAGCGGGGGUGGAGAACCUCUUCAUCUUCGGCAUGCGAGUGGAGGACGUUGAGGCUCUAGACCAGAAAGGGUACAAUGCCAGAGAGUUCUACGAGCGUAUGCCUGAGCUGAAGCAGGCUAUGGACCAGAUCAACAGUGGCUUCUUUUCUCCCAAAGACCCAGACUGCUUCAAGGAUGUGGUUAAUAUGCUGAUGUACCAUGACAGGUUCAAGGUAUUUGCAGACUAUGAAGCCUACAUGCAGUGCCAGGCCCAGGUAGACCAGCUGUAUCGGAACCCCAAGGAGUGGACCAAGAAGGUGAUUCGGAACAUUGCUGGCUCUGGCAAGUUCUCCAGUGACCGGACCAUCACUGAGUAUGCACGAGACAUCUGGGGUGUGGAGCCCUCUGACCUGCAGAUUCCACCCCCCAACAUCCCCAGAGACUAGUUGCCCUAUAUAGUGAGGCCAGUGGCUUGUUGGCUGACUCUGUGCCCAUGCUAGUCUUUUUUUUUUUUCUUUUUUUAAAAAAAAUUUUUUUUUGGCCUUUUUGAGACAGGGUCUCCUUGUAGCCACAAGUUGUGGCCUGUAACCCACUAUGGAACCAGGGCUAGCCUUGAUUUCACAGAGAUCUGCCCACCUCUGCCUCCCAAGUGGAGGGAUUAAAGGCAUGUGCCACCAUGGCUGCUGGUCCAUGCUUUUGUCAGUGCUGUGCUUCCAAGAGGGGCAUUGGGAAUGGAUCUAGACAAGGAAGCAGCUUAGGAGUGUGUGACAUCCUGAUUUCUUGAAAAAGAAGGCAGAGUUCAUAGACGGUCAUCACCAGUCACAGCUUCAGCCUACCAGUCCCACAGAGGUGGGGAGGGGUGGAGCUGGGCCUCCAAAACAAUGCACAAGUCUGUGAGCUUAAUCUAGUUUCGAGCCUUUAGAUUUGAGGUCUUAGUAGGGAUCUGUGGUGAAGCCCAGGUUCCUAUAUGUUUCACUAGCACCUGGGUCACCAUAUGUAGAGCAAGGCCAAGCCCAGUGUGGCCUCCUUGGUCCUGCUCAGAAGAAUCAGGCUUUUUCCUCAGAGCUCUCUAUCCUGGGCUCUGUACUAGCUGUAUGGGUCAAGAACCAGAUAGGCCUUGCCUAUGUAGCCAUCCCAGGAGCCAUGUGGGUGUUGGGACCCAGGACCACUAGGGAGGAGCAUUGGAGAGGGACUUGUGCACAAAAUCUAAGACUUCAGUUAAGGACAAGGUUAUUUGAUAGAGGGUUAGCUUAGUUUUGCUUUUUCAGAAGGGAAAAUAACUUCAUGAGGAAUUGGAAACUAGCUUAAGCCUUUUUUAGCAAGCAAACAAUGUUCUAGGUCAGUUUGUACCUACAGUCAGCUAUGCUAGGGAUGUAUCUGCCUGGCUGGAGGUGAGUCAGCCACUGUCCUGCACUGGGGCCUUAGGCAGUGGAUCUGAGCCCUCCUAACACUUCUGUCCAUGUCCUCUACACAAAGCCAGGCACCAUUCUGCCUCUUUCCACCAGUCUGAUCCGGAAAAAGGGCCCCUGGGCCAGAGGAGUCCAGUUUCCACUUUGCUGUAGCAGCCUGAUGAGGAAGAGGGUGAGCCCCCAGCCCCUCAGUGUGCCUCCCUGAGGCUGAGACUUCAUGGCAGAACCUACUUAAGUGCUGCCCAAAGGAGAGUGUGGUGUCAAAGAAACUGCGUUCCAGAGGUUUCUACUGUCUUGCAUUACUGUACCUGGGUAGGAGGGAGGGGAUGGGAGCUCCCUCUUUCUGCAGUGUCUACCAGGGAUCUGCUUUCAGUACUCCAUUCACCAGAGCCACUGUGGUAGUUUGUGGGGUGGGCAGGCUGUAGGGUUCGCCAUCUGCUGCCGUGUGGUCCUGUGCAUGAAGCUGCAGUCCCUGAAGCUGUAAUAUGUGACCACUGCCAUACCACUUGCUGUUACUGCCUGUGUGAGAAGCUGAUUAAACUUCUAUACCCAUGGUUGGCCAA